AUGGAGAUUGGAAAGGAGCACGUCCGCUUUGCCACGCUACCAGGCAUGUGGGACCGCACGGUAACUGUGUUGUCUGCUGGCAAUGUGACCGUUCAGACGGGUCUGUACGCCGCCGAAAUGUUUGUGGCGAAUCUUGCAGUCAACUAUCUGCUGAAUAUUAUUGUUGUCGAUGAUGUCGCGUGGAUCUGGUAUUAUGAUCGACAAGGGAUCAUUCAAUGCUCAGGCAUCAACUUCAUUCAAGAUCUCCCGCGGUUCAUGGUGCUGUUGUAUGCUUUACAACGCUUCGAGCUUCACGAUUGGGGCCGAAACAAAGACUUCCUCCCAAUUGAAGUUGAGGGGAAACUAUGCCACGAGUUCAACAUCAAGGAUGAAAAACUUGGAGAGGUGGAUUUGCUGCUUCACACCAGUCACGACGAAAGAGUGAUGCAUUAUGGACUGCAAGGACGGGCGACCAAUGUGGUCCCUGUCACUAGCGAAGCGCUCACGGAGAAAUAUGGCAAGUUCGAGGAUGGGAUGGUGGCUAAGAUCUUUUGGGGAGAAGUGAGUCGCACUAGCAAGCCGGAGAUCCUGAAAAAGGUUGAUGAGAUUGCUAAGAGGCACGUAACUGUCCAAGGCCACGUUCCUGAGCUGCUUUGGCACCACACGUUCACGAAUCCCACGUCCGCAAUUCAAGAAGCGCUUGACGUUCUGGAAGGUCCUAGGGGAAACGAGCGCACAGGCACGGUGCCAUUCAUGGCGCUCGAUCUUCUCACCAAAGAUGGUCAACAAGGCAAAGUCAAUAGAAACGUACCAUCGCGCACCAAAAAACUAUAG